UUUCUGGCAGGAUAACGUGUUGUGAUAUAAUGAUGCCAGUACUUUCAUAGGUUGAAGCUGCUAUUACAUCAAAAAUAUUUUCGGGAAAAUUCAGUAUAAAUUUGAUGAAGAAGCUAGCUCAUUGUCUAGCACUGCUUCCCAAAUCAAAGGGAGAUGAAGAUAGCUGGAUUUCAGCAAUGAGGAAGGUUCUGUUAUUGGUAAAUGGUUACCUAACUGAAAUCUUCACUGGUCUAGAGGAAGAAACAAAAUGGGAUGAAGCUGUUAGAUUAUUGGUUCCGCCAGGAGAAGUUCCACCACCUUCUUUAUGGGGCCAAAAGUUGUUAGAGGAUACCUCAGACAAGGAAAGAAAGAGAUCCAAGCUGUGUAGUAUCUCUAUGUUCAUGCUUAGCUGUUGUGAAAUGCUUACAAAUUCAUAUCCUGUCCAGGUUUCAGUGCCUGUUCGCUCAUUACUGGCCCUUGUUGAGAGAGUGCUGAUGGUCAAUGGCUCAUUGUCACCAACCACAUCAUCCUUUUUGAUUUUAGCAGAACAAGAGUUCAUUUGCUCUGAACUUCCAGUUUUGCACUCCUAUGCUUUGGAACUUCUUGCUUCAGUCAUAAAGGGGAUUCGCAGUCAACUAUUGCCACAUGCUGCAUAUAUUGUGAGGCUUGUUAAAGAAUAUUUUAAGAGAUGUGAGUUACCAGAGUUAAGGAUAAAAGUAUACUCCAUCACAAAGUUGUUGUUGAUGUCCAUGGGUAUUGGAAUAGCGAUAUAUCUUGCACAAGAAGUUGUCAACUGCUCUCUUCAUGAUUUAAAUCCCAUCGUUGAUGGUACAUCUUUUCAUGCAAAUGCAAAAUCCAAACUUUUGCUGCCACCUUUCCACAGAAAGAGAAAGCAUGGUGCGACUGGAUCUCUUGAACAGCUCCAUGACAGAAUUGGUUUGGAGGUGGAAACAUCCAAGAACUGUCCAACAGCGAUUUCCGUGAAGAUAGCUGCACUCGGGGCAUUGGAAACUCUUCUAACUGUGGGUGGAGGUUUGAGAUCCGAGUCUUGGCGUUCAAAAGUUGAUAAUCUUUUGAUAACUAUUGCAACAGAAUCCUGUAAAGAAGGAUGGGUUAGUGAUGAAAGCAAAGCUUUCUUGCUCAAUGAAUCAACCCUAUCAUGCUCAGAUUUACAGUUAGCAGCAUUACAUGCACUUUUGGCAUCUCUCCUUUCUCCUUCUCGUGUACGUCCCCCACAUUUAGCUCCUGCUCUUGAGCUUUUCCGUAGAGGCAGGCAAGAAAUUGGAACAAAAGUAUCUGAAUUUUGUACCUACGCACUCCUAGCCUUGGAGGUGCUUAUACACCCCCGGGCACUUCCACUGGCUGAUUUUCCCUCUGCGAGCUCCUUCAAUGAAGUUAACCACAGAUUCCCAGAGAAUAUAUACUCUGUUGCCCAGAAGCAUAGUAACCCAUUUUCAAGUGGCAUGCAGGACACAGGACAUAGCCUUUCUGAUUCAGAUGAUGAUUUGUAUAAGAGUUGGCUGGAUAGUAGCAAGGAAACAGAGGCUCCAGUGGGUGAAAGUAUGGACACUGAAAGGCCUUCUGAAACUCUAAGGGUUCAACAGGGAGAAAAUAUUCCCGUGGCUGGUUCAUCAGGUGCAAAAAGUCCUCGGAGAAAUGGGCACAGCCGAGCAGCUGCUAGUGCAGACAUAGAGAUGAGGCGUGGUGAUGAAGCAUUGGUUGACUCACAGCAAUUGCAAGAAUCCAUGGAGCAGUAUCAGGAAUCUUCCAAAGGUGCCUCCAUUCCUACUGUUACUGGUGAUCCAAAUGUUACCACCGUGGACUCGACAAGUUUUGCUUUGAAAGAUGAUGCAUUAAAUUCCAAGGAUACUGAAAUGGCAUCAGUGCAAGCCGUUGUGGCAGGUGAAAGCGACAGGCUUGCCACCAAAGAUGGAAACACAACAACCUUAAGUGCUCAGAAAGGUACGACACUUGCUUUUGAAGAUGAUAAUCAAUCAACCGAUUCUCUCCCUGAUAUCGUGGAUGUUGAUCCAGAUUCUGAUUAGGAAUUAGUAUCGGAGUGUUGACAAUGUAUUUGUAUCUUGUAACAAUCAAAAAAGGAUCAAGCUGGGUGAUGCAAUGCGAAAUUUUCCUAAUGUUUCAGUUUCUACUAAAAGCUGUUGAACUGUUGGUCCAAAAACAAUCAAGGAAAAAAAAUGAUUACUGUCAACUUUCCCAGAAA